AUGAUUGAAUCGUGUCCUAAACGUCGAAUGUUCAUCGGAAUAACUUCCUUAGGAAUAUUAACCAUAUUAGUCUUGAUUAUCGAAUCAAAUUGGACAGAAUCAAACUUAAAGAAACGAGAGUUUCCAAUCGAACAGAAUUCCACGUGUCGGGAUAAAGAGAAGCAUGUAGUUAUUAAGGAAUGCGAACCUUGUACAGCAUAUGAAAUUACUAGUAAAAGUAUUGGAGUGUGUAUUGAAACGCAUUUUAAGGAAGUAAUAAAAUGUGCAAGUGGUGAAAUGGUAACGAGAAGUUGCGAUCGAGCUGUUUAUUUGGAUGAAAAAAGAUUUUGGAAAUUUGAAUGUUCAAUGUUUAUGGGAUCUUUAGUCUCACUCGUUUUUGUGAUAGCCAGGAAAAAAGUAUUAAAUAAGCGAUUAUUACAAAGGGUACAAAGACAAUUAGCUAAUAGUGUUUAA